AGCAUGAUUUUGAAGUCAAUAACUAUACUUUUCUCUCAAUCCGACUGAUACACACUUGAAUAUAAAUCUUGAUGUCGGUAGAUCGUACCCAGAUAUCGCAGCACAAAGACAUGAUAUUCCACGUCACGCUACCCUACACUCUUACGCGGGGUCAGAUCGUCCAGCCCACCAACGAACAUUCACAAGCCUUCACAAACCCAUCGCGAGCAACGAUCAAGGCUAAAUUAACAAGCCGAGGCUCUUCAGAAUGACCAGUCACGGCAUAGCCCGCUCUGCGCGGUCACGGACAGAAGAACAGCGCCAGCAGGAUCUCGUCAAGAUCCAAAAGUACCGUGGUCUCGAGGACGAUAUACGCCAAAAGAUAUCCGACAACAACUACGGCACCGACACAUUCCAGCUUACAUCGAAGCUACUACGCCUCAACCCUGAAUACUACACGAUAUGGAACGCCCGCAGGCGCUGUCUAAUCUAUGGCUUAUUGUCCAAACCCUCGGCUGGAUCGCCGCCCUUGAAGGAGUCGCAGAAUACUUCAGCGAUAGACACUCACACAGCCUCUUCCGACGCUUCAUUGCCCUCCUCCUCGACCGAGAUCCCGCCACGCCCCAACCCCCCGACAGCUGGGAAGACUGGUACAACGACUGAUAGCGAUGCCGAUACCGACGUGAUACGCUCCGAACUGGGCUUCACUGUUCCCUUGCUGAUGGAAUUUCCCAAGUGCUACUGGAUAUGGAAUUAUCGACUAUGGACGCUUGACCGCGCCAUCGAAAGACUUGAUGUAUCUAUAGCUCGGCGCAUUUGGGAAGAGGAGCUAGGUCUUGUCAGCAAGAUGCUCACCAAAGACCGACGAAACUUCCACGCCUGGGGCUACCGUCGCCACGUCGUAGCGCAGCUUGAGAGCCCCGUGCUCAACGGCCAGAGCCUGGUAGAGCUCGAGUUUGAGUAUACCACCAAAAAGAUCCAUGAGGAUCUGUCCAAUUUCUCAGCAUGGCAUAACCGAAGCCAGCUCAUUACAAGGCUUCUGAACGAGCGCAAAGCAGACGACGCGUCUCGGAAAGAUUUACUGGAUAAAGAAAUUGAGAUUAUUCGCGAAGCGCUGAAUGUUGGACCGGAAGACCAGUCUUUAUGGUACUAUCACCAGUUCCUAGUAUUGAACCUCGCAAAUCCUUCAUCAAGUCGCCAAAUAGCACCAAACCUGACGGUGGAGGAGCGCAAGUCAUACAUUGAUGAUGAAGUAACCGAAAUCAAGGAUCUACUACAAGACUACAAGGACAUAAAAUGGAUCUACGAGGCUCUCAUUGAGUACGCAAUCGCAUUGAACCAACUCACGGGGCAGCCAUUCGAGCCUGAGAGUCGAACUGAUGUGACAUCUUGGUUACAGACUCUCAGGAAACUAGACCCUAAACGAAACGGACGAUGGAGUGAUUUGGAAAAGGACUUGGGCUUAUCACAGACAUGAUUCUGAACCCAUUAACUAUCUAGUACAUGUAUACCAUAUGUCAUUAGACCAUGAUGUAGCAAUGAAUUCGUUGAUAACCCCUAUCGCUAACCUAGGAACCGAAAAUUUGUGAACGCAUAUGCUUCAAAGUCCUCCAGCAUUGGUAUCAAUGUGCCCGUUAAAUGAAAACCCCUUACACGCUUUCUACACCCUUCAAUGCCCCCUCCCACUACCCCUUGGCCUACCUCUACCUCUGCCUCUACCUCGCCCAACUCCUCGGCCUCCACGACCAGCGCCACGUCUUGCCGGAAUAUCCCCAUCACUACCGGAAUCCGAUCCUGACGCAGACACUGAAUCACUCAUAUCUGCUUCCGAAUCUGUAUCACCAAUUCUGACAACUGUCGGCUGUGGAGGUCGCCGAACUGGUGGUGGUGGCGAAGGGCUGCGCGAGCUUUCGUCAUGGGCCGAGGAUUGAGAGGGUGAUCUAUUGCCGAGAUAUUCGCUGUGCUGACUCAGACUACGAGCAGCCUCCUUCGGCUCUUCUGCUGUCGGCUCAUCCAUUACCGCCAGAGGAGCCUUGAAGGUUGGCGCGGGUGUGGACGCCCCUGACUGUGCUGUAGUUACAUUGGCCGAAGCAGUUGUGGAUUUGCGUUUGCCUAUCUUGAACUUCUUCCCCUUAUGUGCCAUUCGUUCAGCCAUAGACAUAAGCUGCGUUCCUCCGUUACCCGAUUUGGGCGGCGGUGGAGAUACAGAAUCCCGAGUAGAUCCGUUAUCAACACCCUCUGAUCGUCGAGUACGGCGAGCACUUCGCGAGGCUCGACCCUCAAGGUUGCCUGAUGUUGACCGGGCGUCUUCUUCUGAAGGGUCCACAGCAGAUGGUCCCACUGUAAUGGUGGUUACCUCGGAUUUUCUAGGCCUUCCACGGCGUCGGGGUUGAGGAGGCCGUGCUAUAGCCUCCGAAGGAGCCGUACGGAGCUCGGCAGCUAGCUGUGCUUCUAGUUCGCCAACCAUUCUCUCGUGCUCGGCGCCACUGUCGUCGCCUUGGUUUUGGAUGGACUCGUCGGCGAAUUCGUUUGAAUCAUCCGCGGCUAAAACUUGAGACAAGCGUGACUUUCGAGGUCGACCUUUGGGCCAACCUCUCUGGCCGCCUGUUGGCUUCUUGGAAGAACUAGCUGGCGUAGAUUGGGAAGAAGCAGAUGCAUUCUUAGGGGGACGACCACGGCGUUUAGAGGGAGUCUUGGUCUCAAGGACAGACUCAGGGUCUUUUCCAAUGGAGGGUUGCGGUGCGGGGGAUGAUGUCCCGAAUAAGGCACGAACUGCGUCAGCAGCCAUAUCAACAGCCGACUUCUUCUCUCCCUGUGCGCCGACAGCGGGUGUUUUAGGCCUUGUCGCUUGCGUGCGCUCUUCCUCGAACUCAUCUGAGUCGACGUCCGCCUCCACAUAUGAUGCUAUGGGUUUGGCGUGUCGAAGUUCGGGCUCAUUUGCAUCAAACAGCAACUGACCCCGUUUCUUAGAUGGGACUGGAGCCGGAGCCGGGCCUGGAGCUGGGGUUUCAUCUGGUGUGUUCUGGGGACCGUCUGUUCCAGUGUCUUGUGCAGUGCUCGGGUCCCUUGUAUCUUGGCCAGGCUGAUCCAUGGCAGCCUCAGGGGCAGCUGGCGGCCCAUUGAACAACGCAGGGUCCAUGCUAUCCAGAAAAUCUGCUUCUGGCUCUGCCGCGAGACGAGGCUUCUUGUGGUGGGACUUGCCAAUAACAAAAUCGGGAUCCUCGUUUUCUCGUUUGGCCUUUCUCUUGGCUGCGCGGAUAGACUUCUUGACAAACUCAGGGAUGUCUGGCUCGGACGGUCGUAUGGCUUCCUCAGAUGGAGCCUGGAAAGGAUCAAAGAGAAUCUUGUCGGGUGUAUCGUCUGGUUCAUAGUAUCCCAUACCAAUGCGCUGUCGUGCCACCAGUGAAGGAUCAGGGUAGAGGGAGGUAUCAGCGUCUUCAGCCUGUGACAUGUCCAUCGCCAUGGACUGAUCGGCCAGUCCAGUCUUCUCUUCAUGGUAUGGUGGAUAUGGCCCUUCCAUGGUGGUAUCAGCCAUAGACUGGUCGCCUUGACCAAGAACAUGACUCUGAUCUCCGUAGCCGUUCAUGCCAGGUACGUGCAUACCGCUAGGAGGAUCAUGCUCUGCGUCUUGCAUGGAGUCAUCUGCUUCAUCCUGCUCGGUAAUAUCUUGUGCCUUGGCAUUAUCGGCCUGCUCUCUUAACCUCUUCAUCCGUCUGCUGUCCUUGCUGCGACUUUCCUCUCCAGCAGCCUUCAACCAUGAGAGGUUGUGGACUCGGAAGUCGACAAGUGCUUCCACACUUCGAUCAUCGGCAAUCGGGCGGGUAUCAUGUCCCAGCAGAGUAUUCUUUGGUGUAUAGGGGUCUGUAUGUCCUUGGCGGCGACAGUGGCCACAAUUGCAUAUACCUAAGCACUUUGGACAUUGCCAUUGCUCAUCCUCAAGCACUUUCUGCGGCAACAUAUCAAAAGCUCGAUAAAGAACGCCAUAACAAUAGGAUUCAGUGCAGCCAGGGUUGGUGCAUUGGUGUACUCGGUAGGCAUAGUCCUUGUGACAACAGACGUGGCAUCUCCUAAGCUCUCCCUUCUUCUUCUUGCGUUUGUACUUCUUCUUUGGCUUUCCUUCGCUAUCGACCUCGGGCUCCGACUCGCUUGGUGUAAUUUCGCGUUCUGGCUGAGUGAUGUCUUUCCAGGGUCGUCUUCUCAAGGCUUCUUGGCAAAUUUGUGCCAAGGACUUCUUUCCUGAACGCUGUCUGGCGAUCUCCAAGGGCUGAGGCGAGGUUUCAAAGUCAACAAAUCCGUCGUUCUUGAUAAUCAUUGAACGCCAAUCCUCGUAGUUAUUGACCAAGUCAGCCCAAGACCAUUGCUCACACCAUUGAAGACCCGAAAGGCAGGCACAAGACCGUCCCAUGGCGUAGCAUUCCAUGCAAACGUCAUAAGUAUCCUCAUCGCCGUUUAUUAGCGUCCGAGUGCAAUGUUUGCAUGUCAAAAACCGGUUGAAGAUAUUUGAACGGCAAUAUGAGCAUGUGAUGCACGAGUCAAACUCGAUGAACUCGACCUCCUUCUCCUUGUGUGCGAACAUUUCAUCAAUGAGAAUCUCAGUAAACAGACAGAAUAGCUUCUUAAAGUCACCCGCAAGCUGUCUAGCACGAGGUGAGCUCCUGAGAAUGUCUUGACCAACUCCUAUGAAACUCAUCGAAGUCAUCUCUGCAUCCUCCUCCAGUUUCUGAAGUUGGCGAUAGUACUUCUGUAGAGUGAAGAAAAUGAUGGCCUUGUUCUUAUACUGUUCGUCGCGACAGACAAGACGAGCCUUCGGCAGGGCUUCGUGCAACGCCAACUCUAGGGUCUCGGCAGUCGUGCGAUUCCAUGCUACUUUUAUGGUUCGAGUACCACGAUUCCAAACUUGAUGUGCUGCCAAGGGCGGAAUGAGGAUAAAGUCACCGACUCGCUGUUCAACUACAUAUACAUCGAAAGGUGCUUUCUUCCACGCAUUGAUUUGAGCAAAGUGUUUCUCAAUCUCAAUAUCGUGUCCCAGCAUGGAGAGAAAGUAUUCUCGAACGACCUCGCGAUCCUUGCUUUCCGUCAUGAACCAGAUGGAGCUUCCUGGUUUCUCGCCCUUCUCGUCCUCUGAUGCUUCUACCAUGAUGUUUUGACCUAAAGAUGCACACAUCUCACGAUGAGCUGGGGUAAAUGUGCCUUCGUGUCCAAUGUAGCACAUAAGAUUUUGGGCUCGCAUUUCUUCUGGUAAGCUGGACAUCAAAUCACCAGCUGGUGCUGCAGCAGCCUCAUCGCGGAAGGCAUCUUCCUUUUUUUGCGAGCCACCGGCUUCGCUGGCGUUCUCAUUUAGGUAGAAUAGGUUCGGAUGGAUGACCUUUUGUAGUGCAUCGUGCCACUCGGGAGGACAGUCAAUGUCUUUCAAGUAAAGGCGCUGACGGCGCUCGUCUCUGAAAUUUG